CGUCACAUCACAUUUAUACGAAACAGCACAGAGAGGGUGCUUUGCCAAGUGAAUCUGCCCAACCUGUGUGUCUUUGCAUGUGUUCCCGCAGUCUGCUGAGAAACGGAAAUUGUAAGGCGAGAACUCUCAGGAAGAAGAUCAGAUUCGUCUGUCCAAAGAGAAGCAAGAAUGUUGAAGGGGAUCAAAAUAGGGCUCGCACUCACUUUUGUCUUUGUCCUGGCCUUUGUCUAUAAACGUUUCCUGCCGCGUGGCCACAGCUUCUUUUGGACGCCGAGUCCUGAGCUCUUCGCGACACAAAAGGAUGAUGUGAACCAGACCAGCGGCAUCAUCUUUGUGGAGACCACAUACCGCUUGCAGAUUCCUCCGUUGGCUUCAUGUUCUGUGGAAUCUGCUGCCAGGGCCUACCCUGACAGACCUGUUCUUUUCUUCAUGAAAGGGCUGAAAAAUAACACAUGGCGGGAUUCAAGUUCCAAUUCCACAGCCUUGGCUCUGCUAUCUGCAAUGGAGAAUGUCUUCCUUCUUCCUCUCCUGAUGGAAACUGUUUUCCAGGAGACACCUCUUCUCCCAUGGUAUCAUAAGGUAAAUCCAGCCCAGGAAAGGUACUGGCUUCAUGUCAGCUCUGACGCUAGCAGACUUGCCCUCGUCUGGAAAUACGGUGGGAUCUACAUGGACACCGAUGUCAUCUCCAUGAGGCCUAUUUUAAUGGAAAACUUUGUGGCGGCCGAGGCGUCCCAGGUCUCCGGAAGUGCGAUUUUUGGCUUUUCUCGCCAUCAUGGGUUCCUCUGGGAUUGCAUGGAGGAUUUUGUUCAAAAUUACAAAGGAGACAUUUGGGGAUACCAAGGGCCCAGCUUACUAACAAGGAGGCUCAAAGCGUUGUGCACCCUGACCGAUUUCCAUAACGUAGAGGAUAUAAACUGUCAAAACAUUUCCUUCCUGCAUCCUCAGCGUUUCUACCCCAUCCCCUACUCGGCUUGGAAUCGGUACUUUGAAGUCUGGGAGAAGAGCUUCAACUUCAACAACUCCUAUUCCCUGCAUCUGUGGAACUACAUGAACCGGGAACACAAGCCUGUGGUUGCAGGAAGUAACACCUUAGUGGAAAUUCUCUUCAAAACAUACUGUCCCACCACGUACAAGGUCCUUAUUCAAGGCCCAGAAGGCAGUGUUCCAUAGGCAACAAAUCAAGACUGAAUGACGGCAUUAGCAGAACAACGUGACUCUUCCAGCCCUGACAGCCCUGGGACUAAAUCAAUUGUGCACAACACGGAUCUCCUCUGAGUCAGUGACUCCCAGCCCUUUUCUGUCUGUGAGUGACUUGGUAGGAGAGAACCUCUCAGAAUCCAUCUCUUCUCCCAAGGUUUACCAGGAGUGAAUAAAAUCAGUAGGCAAGCAAGGGUGUAAAUACCAUUGUGGAUGACUUGACAAGCACCUAAGUGAUCUGGGAGCCUGAGUACUAGUGUGAAAGGUCACAUUGGCUUUGGGGUCCAAAGCACCUCUGAAAAUCAGGGCGACUCAGGAACCAAAGGGCCAGAUGUUCACAGCGUUUAAUGCCUAGAGAUGCCCCUAAGUGUACUAGAAAAUCCCAUUGGGCAUCUGUCCUCCCCCUCAGGUGCCUCAAUGCCUUUCAGAAUUUGUUCCUUUAGAUGUCUUUGGAAAUUUUGCCUAGCCGCUUGCUGCGAGUGUCUAUAGCACCCUGUGCAAUGAGCCUGAGGCUUCGCCCUGCUACUGUAAUAUUGAUGUUCAGUAACUGUGAAUACAAUAACGCUCCGUGAACAACAGCCCACACCUCCCGCCUCCUCCAAAUGU